AGCUUAAUGACCACACUGGAAAGCUGACACCCCUCAUUUGGGAUUCCCGUUGAUGGAAAUGUGCCGAGGUUCCUGCAAGCUCUCCACCAGUAGCUUUGUAGACAUCGAGAGUCAUGACCGGAGAUAUGUCUCUAACAACUAAUCUCCCAACCCCUUUCAUUCACCUUUUCUUACUCAUCUAUAGCUAGACAGCGCUCUCAAUCCACCUAGAACCACACGCCUUUGCUUGCUUACGACCUACAUCGACAAGAUGACGCAUAACGCCGCAAAAGACGACCUCUCAGUUUCGAACCUCUUCAAUUUCUCCUCGCACAUCGCCCUCGUGACGGGCGGAGGAACGGGACUCGGCGAAAUGGCUGCACAAGCCUUCGUACAGAAUAGUGCCCACGUCAUCAUUGCUUCACGGAAAGAAUCUGAACUAAAGUCGACGUCGGACCGGCUCAACAAGCUCGGCCCAGGAAAAUGCGAAUACAUAAUCGCGGACCUAAAGGAUAAAGCUGGCUGCGAGGCGCUUUGUGCAGAGGUCAAGAAGCGCGUGGAUAGGUUAACAGUGCUAGUUAACAAUACUGGAGCGACUUGGGGAGACGAUUAUUAUAGCUUCCCCGAGAGCGGGUGGGAUAAGUUGAUGGCGUUGAAUGUUAAGAAUAUCUUCUACAUGACUGUGGGAUUGGAACCGCUGCUUUUGAAGGGAGCAAAUGCCGAUACUCCGGGUAGGGUUAUCAAUAUUGCUAGUAUGGCAGGCAUACAGACGACGGAUGUUACGACUGGCGAAGCCGGUGGGCUGUCCGCGCCAGGGCAUGGCACAUUUAGCUAUGGCCCCUCCAAAGCAGCCUGUAUACACCUCACCAAGAUGCAAGCUUCCAAACUCGCACCGAAAAACAUUAUGUGCAAUGUCAUUUGCCCCGGCGUUUUCCCGUCUCGGAUGACCAACUUUGGACUGCAGAAGUAUAUGGAUACACUUGUUUCUGGGCAGCCGACAGGUCGUAUUGGUAAGCCCUCAGACUUCGGGGGGCUGGUACUCUUCCUCAGCAGUGCCGGGAGUGCCCAUAUGACCGGUAAUGUCAUCGAAAUCGACGGAGGAAGUACCCUGACGGGCUGGAGGGGGAAGAGAAACGAAAGUAAGAUCUAGAAAGGU